GGCGCUGCCUCCUCCCCGGGGUUAUCUCCGCUCCGAUGGCCGAGGUCCGGAGAUUCACCAAGCGGCUCAGUAAGCCGGGCACAGCCGCCGAGCUCCGGCAGAGCGCCUCUGAAGCUGUUCGCAACUCGCUGCUGGCGGAGAAAACAAAAAUCAUCGAGCCAUUGGAUUACGAGAAUGUCAUUGCACAACGGAAAGCGCAGAUUCAAAGUGAUCCUCUGCGGGAUCUUUUGCAGUUCCCUUUGGAUGAGAUCUCGAUCUCGAUAAUUCCACGUCAGAGGAGAACCAUCCAGUCUACACUGCCUUUAGAUGCUGAAAAACUGGCUCAAAGCCUGCUGGUCAAAGAGUGCAUCAGGACAUAUAAUUCGGACUGGCUGCUGGUAAACUACAAAUAUGAAGGUUAUGCAGGGGAUUUCAGAUCAUUGCCCAGCAAAGGGCAUCUGCCAGACAAGUUGCCUGUGCAGCUGUAUGAAGUUGAUGAAGAUGUGGAUAAAGAUGAGGAUGCUGCAUCGAUUUGCUCACAGAAAGGAGGAAACAUUAAGGAAGGCUGGCUGUACAAAGCUAACAUGAACAGCACUAUCAGCGUUACAAUGAGGGUGUUCAAGAGGAGAUUCUGUUACCUGACUCAACUUUCAGAUGGCUCAUACAUCCUUUAUUUUUGUAAAGACGAGAAGGUCUGUAAGGAGUCUAAAGGAUCCAUUUUCUUGGACUCUUGCAUCGAUGUUGUGCAGUGUUCAAAGAUGCGCCGUUAUGGCUUUGAACUCCGAAUGCAGGAGAAAUGCAGCUGUCACCUAGCGGCUGAGAGCGAGCAGGAGAUGGAAGAAUGGAUCACGACGCUGCGAAAGAUCAUUCAGAGUAACGUUGACAGCGUGCUGUCUGAGAGACGGAAUGGUGAACCCUCUGAAGCAGGACUGGAUGAGGAGUCCUUUGGCCAUGGGAAGUCUGAAAGCAUGAUGGAGAGUUUAGAGAAAAGUAUGCAUCCCGAGCUUAUGAAGUAUGCCCGAGAAACGGAUUACCUUAACAAGCUAAGCAGAAGCGAAGGCCGAUGUAAACUGUUUGCAAUGGACCCGGAUGCACAGAAACUGGAUUUUUCAGGCAUUGAGCCAGAUGUGAGGCCCUUUGAGGAGAAGUUUGGCAAGCGCUUUUUGUUAAAAUGCCACGACUUGACUUUUGCUCUUCAAGGCUGUGUGAAUGAGCAGGCAGAUGGCACACCGACAAAUGUUGAACCCUUCUUUGUGACCCUCGCGCUGUUUGACGCAAAGAAUAACUGCAAGAUCUCUGAAGAUUUCCACGUGGAUUUGAACCCCCCAGCUGUUCGGCAGAUGUUGCUGGGAAGCUUCGAGGGUGGAGCUGAAAAUGGGGCAACUAAUUCAAAUCUGAUGAAGAAUGAUGGUUAUUUUAAAGGAGUUGCUGAGAGACUUCUUCGCUAUCCAAAACAGGGGAUCUUUUCAGUGACCGCCCCUCAUCCGGAUAUCUUCCUGGUUGCACGAGUGGAGAAAGUGCUACAGGGAGGAAUUGCCCAGUGCGCUGAACCAUAUAUCAAAAGUUCGGAUGCAAACAAGGCUGCUCAGAAAGUACUUAAAGCUGCCAAGCAAAUCUGCAGCCGGCUGGGCGGAUACAAGAUGGCCUUUGCCUGGGCUGCAAGACCGGUGUUUAAAGACACUGAAGGCUCGUUUGACACAAGCGGAAGAUUCUCACCCUUUUACAAGCAGGACAGCAACAAGCUGUCAAACGAAGAUCUUCUGAAAUUGCUGACUGAUCUGAGAAAGGCAGAGAAGAUGUCGAAACUUCAGGUGAUUCCAGGAAAUUUUGAUGUCACUAUCGAGUGUGUUCCUCCUGAUGUUUCUAAUUGUGUGACAUCAUCCUACGUGCCUGUGAAACCGUUCGAGGAGAGUGGAUGCAGCUAUGUGACCUUUGAAGUGGAAGAAUUUGUUCCCAAUAUCGCAAAAUAUAUGUACCCCUUCACAGGCUUCAAGAACCACCUGUAUGUUUACCCCAUUCAGCUCAAGUAUGACAACCAGAAGACUUUUGCAAAGGCAAGAAACAUUGCAGUCUUUGUGGAGCUCAGGGACUCUGAUGGAGAUAAAUCGCGGCCACUGAAGUGUAUCUACGGAAAGCCGGGGGACCACGUGUUCACAACCAAAGCUUGUGCUACUGUUUUGCACCAUCAGCAGUGCCCUGAGUUCUACACUGAGAUUAAAAUCGAGCUGCCUGUGCAUCUCCAUGAGAAGCAUCACCUCUUGUUCACGUUUUAUCACAUCAGUUGUGACAUAAAUACCAAAGGCACGACCAAGAAACGUGAAAAUAUUGAGUCACAGGUUGGUUAUGCUUGGCAGCCAUUACUGAAAGAUGGAAGAGUGGUGACAUCUGAGCAACAUUUGCCCGUGUCGUCUAACCUUCCUCCCGGAUACCUGGGCCACCAUGAUCCGGACAACAAGAAGCACACAAUUCCUGAUUUUAAAUGGGUAGAUGGAGGAAAACCCUUACUGAAAGUUAAAAAUCAUUUGGUGUCCACCAUUUACACUGAGGACCAGUACUUGAACAGUUUCUUCCACUAUUGUCAGACAAGCCAGUCAGCAUCACAGGAGAUCGCUGGUGACCUUGUGAAAUAUCUGAAGUGUUUGCAUGCCAUGGACAUCUGUGUGAUAGUCAACUUCCUACCAACAAUCCUCAACCAGUUGCUCAAAAUCCUCACCAAAACCAGCCAGAGCGAUGUUGCAGUGAAUUCUGCCAGGGUAAUAAUAUACAUCGUGUCCAGAUGUCAUGAGGAGGGACUGGAGCACUAUUUGCGAUCAUACAUCAAGUACGUUUUCAGGACUGACCAAUACAUGACCUCCGAAAACAAGACGACACACGGGGAACUGGCUCGGUCGCUCAUCACCAUUCUGAAACAGUCUGCGGAUUUUCUCACCAUCAAUAAACUGCUGAAGCAUUCAUGGUUUUUCUUUGAACUGUUGAUCAAGUCAAUGGCCCAGUUCCUGAUUGACAAGAACAAGCUAAAGCUCCCCAGAACUCAGAGGUUUCCGGACUGCUUCCAGCAUACUGUGCAGUCCCUUCUCCUUGCAAUAAUUCCUCAUGUAAACUUGCGGUACUCGGAGAUUCCGGAGGAAUCCAGAAGUGUGAAUAUCAACUGGGCUCAUUUCAUGAAGCGGAGCUUAACACUGAUGAACAGAGGGUUUAUUUUCAACCUAAUAAAUGACUACAUUAGCUGUUUCCCUCCCAAGGAUCCCAAGGCACUCACAGAAUACAAGCUGGAUUUCCUGCACAUAAUCUGCUUUCAUGAGCACUUCAUUCCUUUGAAUUUGCCGAUGUCCUUUGUGAAGAGCAGGCUGCAGCGGAUCCAAGAUCUGCAGUUGGAGUGCACCCUUACUGAAGACUUCUGCAAGAAUCAUUUCCUCGUGGGCCUUCUCCUGAGGGAAUUAGCCGCUGCACUGAAUGAGUCUCGGGACAUUCGGCAUGAAGCGAUAGCUAUUGUCAAGAGCCUGAUGAUGAAACAUGCGUUCGAUGACCGAUACUCGCACAAGAAUAUGCAAACCAGGAUAAGCCUGCUGUACCUGCCACUGCUGAAGCUGUUGUUUGAAAAUACCCAGCGGCUGACUGUAAAAGAUUUCUCCACUUUCAGCAUGAGCUUCUCAGGCAUUAGUGUCCGAGAUGACCUGACCUUUAAUUUCUCACCAAUAAGUGCCGCUACAACUCCACACAAGUCAGGCAGCUUUAUUGACAAGGAAUUAGCUCUUCCAGGUUAUGGUGUAUCUUGCUUUCAAGGCCUGAGGCGUGAUGAUUCCAGAGGCUCCUUGAGCAUUGAGUUGAAUGCGUGCACACCUGACAGGGCUGAUGAAAGACAGAAUUCCAUUGACUAUACUCACCAACGAAAGAGUUCAACCGAGAGCAACGUAUCCCAGUACAGCAAGCUGGAUCAGCACGAAUCCCGGAAUCUCCUGAUGUGCUUCCUUCACAUCAUGAAAACUGUCUCAGAAGAUGCAUUGUUGGUGUAUUGGAAUAAAAUGUCCUCUCAAGAACUGUUGGACUUCCUUACAAUUUUGGAGGUGUGUCUCCACCAGUUCCGAUAUAUGGGCAGACGAUACAUUGCGAGGAUUCAAGAAGGAUCAGGCUCCAAGCAGUCUGUGAGUGAGAGGAGGUCCCAGACUAUGCCCGCUAUUCGAAGCCGAGCAGGAGGAAUGCACUCCCGACUUCAGCAGAUUGGCCAUGUGGACAGCUCAUUCACACUUAACCACAAUUACGGAACCGGAGAAGCUGACAUCAGCCACCAGUCCCUGCUGGAAGGUAACUUGGCCACUGAAGUGUCUCUCUCGGUCUUGGACACAGUGUCAUUGUUCAUUCAGAAUUUCAAGAGCCAACUUCAAGAAAAUGAUGGGCAGAACCCUCUGAUGAAGAAGGCAUUCGAUAUUCUUCUCUUGCUAACCAACGGUCAGUCGGAAACAGCCAUGAAGCAUGCGUUUGCAUCUUUACGAGCUUUCAUCAGCAAGUUCCCAGCGACAUUUUUUAAAGGGCGCGACAGUAUCUGCUCCACAUUCUGCUACGAGAUCCUGAAAGGUUGCACCUCCAAGCUGAGCUCCACUCGCAGCGAGGCCUCUGCCCUCCUUUACUUGCUGAUGAGGAACAAUUUUGAGUACACGAAGAAGAGGACCUUUCUGAGAACCCACCUUCAGAUUAUAAUUGCAGUGAGCCGGUUGAUAGCUGACGUGGUUCUAACUGGAGACUCCAGAUUCCAGGAUGCUCUCUCCAUCAUCAAUAACUUUGCCAAUAGUGACAAGGCACUGAAGUCAACCGCAUUCCCAGGUGAGGUGAAAGACCUGACGAAGAGAAUUCGCACUGUGCUUAUGGCCACUGCUCAGAUGAAGGAGCACGAGAAGGAUCCUGAGAUGUUGAUUGACCUUCAGUACAGUUUAGCCAAGUCGUAUGCCAGCACUCCUGAGCUCAGGAAGACCUGGCUUGGCAGCAUGGCGAAAAUCCAUUUGAAAAAUGGUGACUUGUCUGAGGCAGUGAUGUGUUAUGUUCAUGUGGCCGCCCUGGUUGCAGAAUACCUCUACAGGAAGAAAUUAUUUCCAAAAGGCUGCACAGCUUUCAAAGCAAUCACUCCGAACAUUGAGGAAGAAGCUGCAAUGAAAGAGGAUGCUGGGAUGCAGGAUGUCCACUACACUGAGGACGUGCUGGUAGAGUUGUUGGAGAAAUGUGCAGAUGGGCUGUGGAACGCUGAGCGCUACGAGUUAAUGGCAGUGAUUUACAAGUUCAUCAUUCCUAUCUACGAAAAACGCAGGGACUUUGAGAAACUUGCUUUCAUAUAUAACACGCUGAAUGAAGCUUAUAAGAAAAUAAUUCAUGUCCUUCACACGGGGCGGAGACUUCUGGGAACAUUCUUCCGCGUUGCUUUUUACGGUCAGAGCUUCUUUGAAGAAGAAGAUGGAAAAGAAUACAUUUAUAAAGAACCCAAACUGACCAGACUGUCUGAAAUAUCGGAGAGGCUCCUCAAACUUUACGGUGAAAAGUUUGGAGUCGAGAAUGUGAAAAUCCUCCAGGAUUCGAACAAGGUCAAUACAAAAAGCCUGGACCAGAAAUUUGCAUAUAUUCAGGUCACUUUUGUCAGUCCCUACUUUGAUGAGAAAGAACUGUCUGAAAGGAAGACUCAUUUCGAAAGGAACCACAACAUCACACGAUUUGUUUUUGAGACUCCAUACACGUUAUCGGGGAAGAAGCAAGGGGGUGUCGAGGAACAAUGCAAAAGGCGAACAAUUCUAACAACAAUGCACUCCUUCCCGUACGUGAAGAAGAGGAUUGCGGUUAUGUAUGAGCACCAGGUCGAACUGAAGCCCAUUGAUGUUGCGAUCGACGAGAUGAACGAUCGCACGACUGAAUUGCGGAAGCUGUGCACGUCGAACGGCCUUGAUAUGAUCCAACUGCAGCUCAAACUCCAAGGCUGCGUUUCUGUGCAGGUGAAUGCAGGUCCAUUGGCCUAUGCACGAGCAUUCCUGGAUGACAGUAAAUCAAAUAAACUACCAACAAAGAAAGUGAAGCAGCUGAAGGAAAUAUUUCGGGAGUUUGUUUCAGCCUGCAGCCUGGCUCUGGAUUUGAACGAGCGGCUGAUCAAGGAGGAUCAGAUAGAAUACCACGAAGGGUUAAAGGCAAACUUCAAAGACAUGGUGAAGGAAUUAUCAGAAAUCACCCACGAACAGAUUUUGACAGAAGACGACUUGAAGUGCCAGCUGAGGAGCUCUCUGCAUGUUUUCAGCGCCAUUAGUGGGACGGCCAGUGGUCCUUCUGCCUUCCCCAUGUCACUUUGACAGACCACACUGUAGGGAAUAAUGGGGGAGGGUUUGGGAAGGUUCAUUGGUUCUCAGGAAGGUCACUUUAACUGUGCAGAAUGAAGGGGGAUGCUAUUACCUCUGGCUGACUGAUAUCGUAAAGCAGGAGAACAGGUCACACUGAGUGAAAUGGCUGAUUCCAGUGACUGCUCAACCCUCUUCCAAGAUGAGCUCAACCUCCCUGAAGCAUCUGGAGAAGCAUGUUCAUCUGGCCUUAGUUUACUUUGGCAGUACAGCUCCUGCAAUCCAAUCAGUAUUAUUACGAUCAAUAUGGCUGCCUGCCGAGGACAUUUGAUGCUCAAAAUCCUAAGUCUGGUAAACAUUAGAGUGAUUUGAAAAGCCAAGUCUUGUGUUCACAAACAUAAUGUUAAAACUGUGCUUUCACAUUGCAAAUUCUUCACCACCUGUACAGUAUGUGUAUGUAUAAAAUAGGAACAUUUCCUCAUGGCUCUGUGCAUUGUCAUCUCAAAGUGCUGUAAAUUUAAAUUGUAACUACACGUGGUGUUCUACUGUGACUGCUUGUGUACAAAAGAAAUCCUUAAAUAUAUUGGAGCUUUUUUUUAUUUCACAU